UGUUGCGGAGCCUUAGCUAGGAAUAGAGUAAAGAUGGCACUGCGACGGGUAGUCGCGACGUUGAUGCCAAAGAUAUCGCAGCCUGUCGCAGAGACAGUAGGCCCGGUUGCCAACCAUGCAGCUUCUUGCUAUUCCCAGAUGCUUGCUGGACCUCUCGACUUUGUCGAGCGCCCACAGCAACCAGCUGGAAGCACGUUCCGAUCUUUUGCCUCGGAUGCGGUGACUGCCCUGAAAGAGGAGGAGACCAAGCUGACUCCCACCAAUCGGAUUUCCAUGUCGCCGACGCCAUACAUUAAGUAUGACGAGCACCACCACAAGCGGUUUGCGCCGGGCACGGAGGGUCGGCCCUUCGCCUAUUUUGUUCAAACCGGUGGGCGCUUUCUGUACGCGUCCGCUGCACGCCUGGCCGUGCUGAAGAUAGUACUGUCGUUGUCGGCUGCAGCUGAUACCAUGGCCGUUAGCUCCCUGGAGGUCGACCUAUCUGGCGUGGAGGAGGGCUCGACUAUCACAGUCAAGUGGCGUGGCAAGCCCGUGUUCAUCCGCCACCGGACGGAUGCGGAGAUCCAGGAGUCAGCGGAGGUGGCGCUGUCGGAGCUGCGUGACGCGCAGAAGGAUGUUGACCGCGCCGUCAACCCGAAGUACCUGGUGGUGGUCGGCAUCUGCACGCAUCUGGGCUGCGUGCCGAUUGCGGGCGCGGGUAACUACCACGGCUGGUUCUGCCCAUGCCACGGCAGCCACUACGAUAUCUCGGGCCGCAUCCGUGAGGGUCCUGCGCCGUACAACCUAGAGGUGCCGGAGUACCGCUUUGUUGACGAGAAGAAGAUUGUCAUUGGCUGAGCGGCAUUGGCAUUACACAGGACCAGCUCCGCGCCUCCAGCUGCAGCUCCACAGCGGGCUAUGGUAACCAUGACUGGUCUCCCGACUAGCGUGCCACAGCAGAGCGUUGUGCGAAAUGCAAAAGAACAGAGGCGUUGAUGCGGUGGAUGAGCAGCCUGGUCCGCAUGGGGGGUUUGUGGCGGUGACCCCUCUGUGGGUGAGUGCAGAGCGUCCCUGCGUCCCCGCGCUGUCAUAGCUGAGGCUGCUAGCAGCGGAGUGUAAAGAAGCUUAACACUCUGGUUUUUUGAAGUAUUUGACGUGCGAUGCCGCCUGAGUACAUGUGCAGUGUGGGUAGAAUUGCGGGCCAUCCCUAGCCUGUUGCAGGUGCGGCCCUGUUAACGCGGCCCUACCCUGCUGCAGGCGCGGCUUGUUAACCGGAAGUUCAGUAUGACGAGUGGAGUAAGAGCUUGCUGAGAGGCCUUACGCUAGUGAAAAUUCAUGAUCUUAGCUGGCAUAGGCCAUGGUGAUGAUGAAGUUGAUAGGCCUUCGGAGCAAGCAAAUACGACGGUGUGCUUUUGGAAUGGCGCUUGUUUACAGAGUGGCACAUUCCGGUAUCAUAAUUGUUCAAUAAAACCAUUAUAUUUCCAGGCCCGGUUUAGCAUUCGCCUAUGUAAUGUAUCACGAUCCUGUG